UCCUAAUUCUUCUUUGAGGUCGUAGUUGUCGCUGAAGCGCGUACAAGCCAGCGGGACUGCCAUAAUCACUCGCGUAAAAUCUAAAUUCUACUGUUCGAUCAGUCGGUAGGUAAAGUGCGUACAGAGAUGGUAGGAACAGCGUACGGAGAGAAACUGGGUUGGGGAACCUUCUCUCGCGCAGCGCUCGCUGUCAAGUCAAUUCUUGCACUGACUUAUGCUACCCGUUAUGCACGCCAGGUUAUCGAUAACGCGCAGGACAUCGCUGCUUCCAAGGAUGCCCGCUGUCAAGCAUUGAUCAACUUUCAUUUACACCGUGUAAACCCACUAAAUAUAUGUGAUAUAAACCAAAGCGUUCUUGUUCUUAAAAAUUAAAAACGCCUAUUAUUUUUUACACAUGAAUCUUAUGGGAAUCUUAUGUAAUCUUAGGUCAAAACAAUGUUACAAAAACAGUACGCCCAUGGAGUGACAUUCAUGUACAGAAAACCUGAAAAGUAAGAGUCCACAAAAAAAAACUACAAGUUAAAGAAAGAAGGAGUGUACUAGAGUAAGUAAGUAAAUGUCAUUACAAAAAUGGCGGAUCCUCAAAAAAAUUCAAGUGAUAGCCCUGUUAAGCCAACAAUCAUUCAACCAUCAAUAACAUUGAAUACAGAAGGUCCAGACGAGAAUAUUCCAAAUGAAUCCGAAAAUAAAGUAAAAACUGAUGAAGAACUCACCGAAAGUAACGGUUUUAAAAUAUGCACGCCGGAACUUCGAGCUUCGACAAUCCAACUUCGCAAAUCCACCAUCAUCAAACCGCCUCACUUGAACAAGAACGGUACGACCGCCUUCACCUUAAAACCAAGUCAGCUCGAUCGUUUUUCGAAUUCAUCGAAAGGCAGUGAUAAACCGAAUAGUGAACAAACUGAAAACAGUGAUUCGAGCAUUAACUGUGAAACGCCCAAGUUUGUGCCUUUGGUCGUACCUGAAAAGACAAUCCCAGUGGCGAAUGAGACUCAGAAGAAACUCAAUGACUCCGAAACUAUAGUUAGUAGUUCAUUCGUAUUCGGAGAGAACUUGAAGGAACGAGUGGCUGACGGGACUAGUAUUAGCUCAGAUAGCUCAGAUGCUUCAACUAGUUUGGGUUCAAACGGUACAGCACAAAUGUUGUUCAGUAACGUCAUAAAGGACACGUUAAAAACUAAAGAUGGUAAUUUAAAGGACAAGGAUUCGAAAUCGUUGAGUGAAUCGGCUAGGGAGUACGAGGAGUCCAGGGCUAACAAGAGGAAGUACGAAGAAGUAGAAGUCGUUACAGGAGAGGAGAACGAGACAAACAUACUGAAUGUGUGUUGCAAGUUAUUUUCAUUCAACAAGCAGUCGAGUAAUUGGUUGGAACUGGGACGAGGAACUCUACGAUUGAACGAUUUGAAUGACGACGACGAGUCCGGUCGUAUCAGAAGCAGGCUGGUGUUCAGGAGUUCGGGAAGCUUGAGAGUUAUACUCAAUACAAAAAUUUGGGCUGAGAUGGUGGUUGAAAAGGCGAGUGAAAAGACCGUACGAAUCACUGGAUUAGACGCAAACGGCGAAAUAAAAGUUUUUCUUAUCAUGAGUAAUAUCGAAGAUUCCAACAGACUUUAUUCGCAUUUGCACGCUCGUCUAGAGAGAGAAAUAUCGGCGAAGAAGCGCAAAAAGCCCGAAUCUUCUUCGCCGACGAACGACAAUUGAUUGAUAGUACUAAAGUUGCACAUUUGGGAACUCAAUCCACACUCAGACUGUACAUUGACGUUUUGAAUAAUUCAUACAGAAACAAAAGUAACAGUGAUAACUUGGUUUAAAUAUUUGAUUUUAGGAGUGCUAGUGUCAAUAGUUAAAAGAGAAAAAACAAUAGUUAUGUUUUUAGUAAUAAUAUAAUUGUAAUGACAGUGUAUUUUUAUGCAGAUUCUGGAUGAUUAGAUCAUGAGUUUAAUGCAGGCCGGUGUAUUGGAUAUAUCAAAAUCUCCUAAAAUAUCUAACUGGGAGUUUAAGGGUUGUUUAUAUUUAUAGAAAAAUUGCGAUGAUCCGUUUCAUACACUAGCAUACAUUAAACUGUGUCAAUUUUGGGUUCUAUCUCUUAUUAAUAGAUUUUUUUUGAGUUUAAACACGUCGACUGCCAAGCAAGAAAUCCAAUUCUACUUCAUCUGAUGGGUUUGUAACAAAUACGUCUUUUAAUACAAACUUACUUUUUAUCGAUAGAAAAACACUUUAUGAUCCAGAUUUUACAGACUAACGGGCUUAGCAGUCAACAUGUCAAUUUAGAAGCGUAGAUAAUUCGCUUUAUAUUAUUUUAUUACAUUUCUACGCGAUAUAUAAUGUAUUUUUUCUAAUUCACCAAAUAAUUAUUAACUAUAUGACAGUCAGUUUAAAAGUUAAUUUGUCUGUUUCAUUAAAAAAUGUAGGUUUUAACAAAUAUUAUUAGAAUUUAAUAUACUAUCAAAAUUGCAUGUGACAAAUCUAUAUUUCAAAUCAAUUGUAAAUACUACAUGAUUGCAAAUCAAGGAAGGAUUUUUCCCAUGCAUGAGAAAAGUCUUAUUGAAGUGCAAUGGAACAAUAUUUUUCAUUAUAUAUCCCUCAAAACAGUACAUUUUAUUCAAUGAGAAUAGCAAUAACAAAGCAAAUAUGAGUACUCCUAUAACAAACAUAAGUAUUUUUUUUUUUUCAUUAUCAUAUAGAAAUAUUUGCAAUCACACAACAAACAUUAUUUAAUUUUGAAGAGUAUAUAAUGAAAAAUAAAUUGUCUGUCACAGUAAGUUGUAGAAAAAGAGUGUUUCAAAUUUGCCAAUAAAUUAAAUUCUUUUAUCACUAACUGUUUUGUACAUCGUAAUGCAUUUUGUUCGAUAUUUACUCGACAAAUGGCUGAAUCGAGUUCAUUCCUUUAAUUGAAUUUAAAUUGACGAUAAUUAAAAUAUUAUUUGUUGGUAUAUUUAACAGUUAAAUAUACACUAAAUACCGAUGCCUCGUAAGAUUGACCUAUAAAUGUAAAACAGGUGUUAAACAAUAUAUUUAAUAUAGAGAAUAAUAUACUUACGUUGAAAUUGAAUAACUAAUCACUAUCAAAUUCUUCCACAUCGUCUGGAAUGUGACUUUGAGGAAUGUCCAACUGGAGACCCGCUGUGUUUGGAUUAGCAUCUAUAUCUAUUUGAAUGUUGUUUUGUUCCUUAGGUUUUUUAUCCUCUUCGGUAUCCUUACGAAGUAGGCUCUUUAACUGCAUCCAUUCUACGUCAUUCUGAAUCAUUUCUUUGUCUAUUUUAUUUAACGUUUCUUCUAAAAAUCUUUGUAGAGAUUCGAGCUUUUUGCGCUUUUGUAAUUUAUAAUUCAUUUCCAUUGUUGUUAUAUUUGAAAAACUUAGUACCUAACUUUUUCUUCUUGUUUUUUGUUACUAUAAAAAUACCUUUAACAUCGAGUGUAUUCAGCUCAUUACAAAUAAAAUCUAACAACUACAAACAAACCUAAAGUGUAAUUUCACUUAUUGGACGUAUAAAAUUUACAAUUGUAAUUAAAUUAUUAUUAUAGAUAGGUAUUUGAUAAAUCUAUUAAUGUCCUUAAAUUAGGAAUAAAGUAAAAGUACCUGCAUUUCAAUGAUACCUAAAUUGUUCAGGUUUUAUUACUGCAACCUAGAUUAUGAUCCAUAUUUGUACACUUAUACUUUGAUAAAACAGUCUGUAAGUCCUCAAUUUGUUUUUCCAAAUAUUUUUUCUUCUUUAGCAGAGAUGAAUUAACGUUAUUCAAAUCCUCCAAGGUUUCCAUAAGCUCUAUUUCACGCAAUCUAUCCCUUUCUCGGCUCUUAGCCUUGGCGAUUCUAUUGCGUUUUCGUCGUUCGUCGAUCGUAUUUAAC